CGGAUCAUUUUGAGACUCCGCAAGCCCAUGGCGCGACCAAAGAAAGGCUCCGUCGGCGAUAGGGACAAUUCAGUUGCACAGGACAAGACCGACGCUGCGGCGUCGUCGGCUCGCUCUCGGUCUCGUAAAAGCAUCACUCAAGCGAGCAUCGCGGCAUCAGGAGUUGGAGCGGCUCCGACAUUGGCUACGGGAGCAGCAUCCUCUACACUCUCUGCUGGUAGCGAGAAACGCUCAAAUAUUGCAGAAGAACCUCCAACCUCAGACUACAUUCGGGUCGACCCAACACUCAUCGAAAGAACAGGACUGAGUGCAGCCGAGCUACAAGAACUAGUUGAAAUCUUUUCGCUGGUAGAUGUUGAUCAUGGAGGAACGAUUUCAAAGGAUGAGUUGGCUACGCUGAUGAAGACCUUGGGUUUGAGGGUAUCAAAGGUGGAGCUGGACACCAUGGUGAAUGAGAUUGACGCUGCUGGAACUGGAGAAAUUGAUUUCGAAUCAUUCGUACUGGCCAUGUCCCGCAAGGUGCAGACCUCGAUAACCGCCGAGCAGAUACGCAGAGCGUUUAAAAUUUUCGACCAGGAUGAUCCCCUCCACAACGGCACUCUCACCAUGGAAGGAUUAGUUAGGAUCCUUACAGAUUACGGGGACCAAGACAAAAGGCUGAGCAGAGAGGAGGCGGAAGAUAUGAUCUCGCAGGUUGCACCACAAGCUCAGACUGGGAUCUUUGACUAUACUCAGUUUAUACAAAUGUACUUUGGAAAAGAACAGUGAACUGAACCACA